AUGGGCGUCCCCGUAGUACUCGGAAGCAGCAGGUGUGGGUCGGGUUGGGAGAUAUGGACGCAAAUCUCCACCGUUAAUCUCAUCAUUGCAAUUCAACCACGAGCACGUAAGGGAAUUAAUAUUAUAGAUAUCACCCAACCACCUCAUGCCACUGAAAUGGAUCGAGCCAUUCCCGUAAAUGAUGUGAUAACAGCUGUACCCGGAGCAAGUUCCUUUGCUCAACACGUUACAAUAAUGGUCCAGUUUUCUCUUUCCCCUCUCUCAUCCUUUCCACCCUAUCCUCUUCCACUGCGACGGCCAAUCUUCAUCGCUUCUCCACCGACAAACGCCGCUGCUUCCGUCAUCGACGCUGUUUCCACGUCCAGCUCCCCUUCCGCUUCCAAUUACGCUCCCAAAGUCGUCGUCACCAGAGAGCGCGGCAAGAAUGGCAAGCUUAUCGACGCUCUGGCUAAAUAUGAAAUCAAUUGUUUGGAGCUUCCACUCAUUGAGCACACUCAGGGACCUGAUUUAGACAGGCUUCCUUCUGUAUUAGGUGACAAUGCAUUUGACUGGGUUGUCAUAACUUCUCCUGAGGCAGGUUCAGUCUUUCUAGAGGCAUGGAGAACUUCCGGGAUGCCUCAUGUCAAAGUAGGUGUUGUUGGCACUGGCACUGCAAGCAUUUUCAAGGAAGCUUUGCAGUCUUCAAACCGAACCCUUGAUAUUGCCUUUGUGCCAUCAAGAGCAACAGGAAAGGUUUUGGCUACUGAGCUUCCAAAGAUUGGAAAUAAAUGCACCGUUCUCUAUCCUGCUUCUGCUAAGGCUAGCAAUGAGAUUGAGGAUGGACUUUCAAACCGUGGAUUUGAGGUUACUAGAAUGAAUACAUAUACAACGGUGCCCGUUCAACAUGUUGAUCAUAUGGUUUUAAAGCUAGCUCUUGCUGCCCCUGUUGUUACGGUAGCUUCACCAUCUGCUAUUAGUGCCUGGAAGAAUCUUCUUUCAGAUUCAGAGUGGAACAAUUCUGUUGCAUGCAUUGGUGAGACAACUGCUACAAUGGCACGAAGUUUAGGCUUCACAAAUGUGUACUACCCUAUACAACCCGGCCUAGAAGGCUGGGUAGAAAGCAUUCUGGAAGCAUUAGGCUCUUAUGAUGAAUUAUUAAGGUAG